AUGUAUAAACUCGCCAGGCUGGUUGCCUUGGCGAGUAUGGCGGGCUUAUCGGGCGCUGCAAACAUAUCGGAUUCUCCUGAAGGGCUCCGUGGAUAUAAUGACGAUAAUGUGGCAGUGCGGACGUUGAUGAUUGUCUUCACUUCUAUCGCAUUAUACAACGCCCUUGAAUUGUUCAUAUUGUUGUUCUUGACAUUUACUCGUUAUCGUGGACUCUACUUUUGGACGCUUCUGCUCUCCGUAGUCCUCGGGGUAAUCCCUCACGCCAUUGGCUAUCUGCUGGGGUUCUUUUCUCUAGCGCCAUUAUGGCUCUCUUUGACCAUUAGCACCAUUGGGUUCUACGUCAUGGUUCCGGGCCAAUCGAUCGUCCUGUACUCUCGACUUCAUUUGGUGGUUCAGAGCAACAAGGUGCUUCGGUUUGUUCUUUGGCUGAUUAUCAUCGACGCGAUAAUCCUCCUGAUACCAACGACCGUUCUUACCUUCUGUACCGCAUACGCUCCCAGGCGGCCAGCCAUUCACGGAUACAGUAUCAUGGAGCGGUUGCAACUGGCCUGGUUUUGCGCCCAAGAGAUACUCAUCUCGGGAAUUUACAUUACCGAGACCGUGAAGCUGCUCAGAAUGAUGCCAGACAAGGACCAACGGCGAUCUCGAAUCAUGUAUGAAUUGCUGGCCAUCAAUUUAGUCAUCAUAUUGCUCGACACCACGUUGAAGGCCAUGGUCUACAGUAUCAAGUUGAAGCUCGAAUUUAGUGUGCUCGGAAAGCUGGUCAAUAUCGUGCAGAAUCCUCGAUCGCAGCCCACCUCGUCCGAUUUUGAAGAAUACCCUGGCUUCGUGGAUCCCACGCAGAUUACUACGGAUGUCACUCACGCUGCCCCACGGGAGUCGCAACAGGGGGGACGCAGAGGCUGGAAUACAAUGUCCGUGGAGAGUCUGCCUAGUUCUGAGCACAGAAUUCGUCCAUCCACCCAGUCGACCGACAACAGUACGCAUCCAUCCUGA